AUCAAAUUCAAUUAAUUUCGUUCCUUGUUUUUUUCAUUUUCACAUCACUGGAGCAUGCUGACCUGUGAUCCACACUAAAAACAAUGGCAAACUCUCUCUAUAUAUAGCUCGAUACCACCUCUGUUUCUUUGCUCAUCACAUAUCUGAUAUUUUUCCUCAUAAAAUGGCUAUGUUUGUUUGCUUCGUCUUCUUCUUUCUCGUUUCCUCUGCCACUGCUUGUGAUCGUUGUGUGCACCAAUCAAAGGCUGCUUAUUUUUCCCAAGCCUCUGCUCUUUCAUGUAAUUUUCGCGGUUCCUCCCUUCUUCUUUGUUUGUUUGGUUUUCUUGUUCUUUGAUUGAUCACACCCAGUUGGGUUCGUUGUCAAAAAACGAAAUUGGCACAGACCCAGAUGAUGUUUCUGUGAUAAUUUUAGUGGGUAUGAUUUGUUUUCUUCAUUCGUUGCAGCUGGGGCUUGUGGGUAUGGUUCAUUAGCUAUAGGCUUCAAUGGUGGACACCUGGCAGCUGGGGUUCCAUCCCUUUUCAAAGAUGGAGCUGGUUGUGGUGCAUGCUUUCAGAUAAGAUGUAAAAACACAACUAUGUGUAGAAGCAAAGGGACUAGAGUGAUUCUGACUGAUCUCAAUCACAACAACCAAACAGACUUUGUUCUCAGCAGCAGAGCUUUCAGGGCCAUGGCUAACAGUGGCUUAGACAAAGAAAUUUUGAAACGCGGAAUUGUGGACGUGGAGUACAAGAGGUAUGCAGAUACUAAAUAUUUAAUUGCACUCACACGGACAAAAUAAUAAAGAAUCCAAUCCAAUCUUUUCUUUUUGUUUCUUUAUAAUCUUAUGGUUCUGUUACACCCUACUAAAUAAUUCAAAACAUUUGGGGUCAAAUCUGCAGGGACAUUAAUGACAUUAACAGCCCAAUAUGUUCAUUAAAAUCUUUUUAUUUUGUUGAACUCAUGUUCAUUAAAAUCUUUUUCUAUGUGUGCAAGUAGUCACAUUCGUACAUUCACAUUUAUCUGUCCAGCGCUACUAAUUGUUCAGUUGCAAUCAUAUCAGUAUCAAUUGACUUGAUUAUAUGUUCAGGGUACCUUGUGAAUACAGCCAGAAUUUGGCAGUGAGGGUUGAAGAAUCUAGCCAAAAGCCAAAUUACUUAGCAAUUAAGUUGCUGUACCAAGGAGGCCAAACAGAAAUAGUAGGCUUGGAUGUGGCACAAGUUGGUUCUUCAAACUGGAGUUUCAUGAGCCGAAACUACGGCGCGGUGUGGGACACAAGCAGGGUCCCAGAAGGGGCAUUGCAGUUCAGAUUUGUGGUAACAUCUGGGUAUGAUGGGAAGUGGAUUUGGGCAAAGAGUGUGCUACCGGCGGACUGGAAAGCGGGGGUAGUGUAUGAUACGGGAGUUCAGAUCACUGAUAUUGCACAGGAAGGUUGCUCUCCUUGUGAUGGAGGGGAUUGGAAAUGACCAAUUGAGGAGGAGGUUUUGAUUUCAUAAAGUAAUCUACUGUGAAUAAUUUAGGGACAUGUCAUGUAAUGUUCUUGAUGAUGUCUAACAUAUUUAUUUCCGUUAGCCACAAUAAAAUGCUCAUUCUUUCUUUGUUAAGGGCCUUGUUGCUUGGAAGUCACGGCCAAAAAAUACUUGAAAUGUUAAAGCAUCAAAAGAUUCAAAACUGCGAGGCUUUAUGCAAUUAAAUUUUAUUGGGAAAA